AUGCAACAACUUGAUGGAUAUCAUAUCAUGAUUGUUUCAAAGUACUUUUCGACAAUUCUUGACUUCAUCAAAUUGCAAUUUGUUUGUAAAAAGUUUUACAACAACAUGGAGAAGUUCCAUUACAAUCCUGUAACAUUAACAAACAAAACUGUCAGCUAUUUUCCCCAUCUUGAAACUUUACACCUAUAUAGUAGAUGCAGCCAGACAUUUGGUAAAAAAUACAUAUAUUUAAAAAGAUGGGACAAACCGCUUCUUUCUGAAGUGAAACGAUCUUUUUAUAAAACAGUCGUCUGGUUUCGAGUACCUUAUGAAAAUACGCUUGAUCCAGCAUACGCCACUUUUGACUUUAAAAAUGUGAGUUGUACUCCUUUAACAAUGCAGAUAUGUAAUGGAGAAAUUCCUCCCAUUGUGAAUUCCUUAAAAAAGGAAUGUUUUGUUAACAACACCAAAACAGGACUUUUUAGAAUUCCAAACCACAUAACAUCUCUUGGGAAAAAGUGUUUUUACAGCAGUAAAGCAACUUCUUUUUCACUUCCCACAACACUUAAAAAGAUCAAAUAUUAUUGUUUCUCAUUGUGUUCAUUGACUUCCAUAUCAAUUCCUGACAGUGUCAUUACUAUAGGAAAUUCGUGUUUUUAUAUGUGUUCAAAUCUAGUUAACGUCACUCUUCCCGAGAGUUUAUAUCAACUUGGCGACUAUUUUUUUAAUUAUUGCACUUCAUUGAAAACAGUAAAAAUUCCACCAACUGUGUCUGUGUUAUGUUACAAAUGUUUUGAACACUGUUCUUCACUUUCAUCUAUUAAUAUACCAAAUGGGGUAUUAUCUAUUGAAAAAUCGUGUUUUAGUUAUUGCACUUCACUUAGUCAAAUUUCACUUCCAAAUACAGUUAACAACAUUGGUGGUGGGUGUUUCAAAGGAUGUUCUUCUUUGACUUCAGUAGAACUUCCCCUGUUAAUUGCAUCACUUGAUAGUGAAGUAUUCCAAAAUUGUAGUAAACUGCCAUACAUUCAUAUACCAGGAAAUGUGAAAGUUAUUAAAAAACACUGCUUUGAUUGUUGUGGUAAAUUAAGUCAAAUUGAAUUUUGUCACUCUAUUACUGCGUUUGAAGAAAGUUGUUUUAAUGGUUGUUGUGCUUUAACGGAAUUGGAACUGCCCAAAACUGUUAUUCGAAUUUCAAAUAAUAUGUUUGCACACUGCUUAAAUAUCAAAAAUGUCAUAUUAAGUGAUAAUAUUGUAGAAAUACCAAAUUAUUGUUUUAAUCAGUGUUCUUCACUUGUAGAAAUACACAUUCCUACUAAAUGUGAAAAAGUUGGAGAAUAUUCAUUUUCCUUGUGUAUUUCAUUACAACACGUCAGUAUUCCAGACAGUGUCACUUCUAUUGGAAAUUAUUGUUUUUAUAAUUGUGUUGAAUUAAAAUCUGUUACAUUGCCUUGCAAGAUUUUGAAACUUGGGGAGAAUUGUUUUGAAUCAUGUAGUCAACUUUAUAAUGUCCAAAAUUUGAAUAAAAUUGGUUCUUUUGAUAAAAAUGCAUUUGUGGGAUGCUACUCUUUUGAUAUAAGUCAAUACACCAAACAAAAAAAGGCUGAAAAAGGAUGUUCAGAUAAACAGAAAAAGGGAAAGAAAGGGGAGAAUACAUCUAAAAAAGGAAAUAAAAAACACUAA